GGGAUGGGGGGGCUGCAGUGAAGUCAGCUGACCUCGGCUGUUUGUCUGCACUACAGAUGAUGGCUGAAAUUAGCACGAUGCAGCCUGCCUUCUCCAGGCCUCCUCUCAGGCCCAGCGUGGCCCGGGGUUUAUGAGCCGUCUCGUCCAAGCUCUGCCUCGUGGACACUGCAGAAUGGGGAGCAGCGGCUCAGCACUGAAAGUUUGCGCGGAACACCAGGGAGGCAUUAACUGGCUCAGCCUCAGUCCCGACGGGCAGUGGCUUCUGACAGGCAGCGAGGAUGGCACUGCUCGGCUCUGGAGCACUGCCGACAGCCAGUGCCGGGCCCACUUUCAAGGGCACGAAAGCUACAUUACCUUUUGCCACUUAGAAAAUGAAGUAGCGUUCACAUGCAGUGCAGAUCACACCAUCAGAAAAUGGGAUGUGAUGACAGGUCAGUGCCUCACUGUUUAUAGAGGUCACACAUCCAUUGUGAAUAGGAUCCUGGUGUCCAAGGAUUAUCUCUUCAGUGGCUCUUAUGACAGGACCGCGCGUUGCUGGAGCGUGGAUAAGGAGAAGCCCCUGCAGGAGUUCCGGGGCCAUCGCAACUGCGUUGUGACGUUGGCGCUCUACUCCUCGCGGGAUGUCCUUGAAGAUUCGGAAGAGGAAGAAUCGGAGGAGGAGAGGCUCAGCAGGGACUUCCUGGUGACCGGGAGCACAGACUGCACGGUCAAGGUCUGGUGGGUGUCCAGUGGGCGCUGCCACCAGACCCUCUUGGGGCACACGGGGGCCGUCUUAUGCCUUAUCCUUGAUGCUCCGAACAGGGAGCUCUUUUCCGGCAGCACGGAUUACACCAUCCGGACAUGGAACAUUGUGACGGGCGAGCAACUGAGGGUGUUCCGGGAGCAUCAAGGAUCUGUCAUUUGCCUGGAGCUUGUGAAUCGAUGGCUUUAUUCAGGGAGUGCAGACCGGACAGUGAAAUGCUGGUUGGCUGAUACAGGAGAGCGAAUCCGGACAUACAAGCCUCACAAGCACAGCGUCAGCACUUUGAAAUAUCACGCGGGCAUCUUGUUUACAGGAAGUGGAGAUGCCUGUGCCCGAGCCUUUAACACAAAAUCCGGCAUCCUUCAAAGAGUGUUUCGAGGACACAAGCUGGUUAUUAACUGCAUCCAGGUUCACAAUGAAGUGCUGUACACCGCUUCCCAUGACGGCACGCUGAGGGUCUGGGACAUACGGCAGAUCUGCAAGCGGAACAAGCGUCGCUUGAAGGACAGGACUACGCAGAGCCGGCACUCCCAGAAGGGAAGCUUGUCUCGCCUCUUCAACAACAAAGUGGGCUGCAUGGUGCCCCAGGAGAACGGCGGCGAGCAGGAGGAGGUGGAGCUGAUGUGACUGCGGGGCUGGGCGAGGGGACGGGACGC